CUAAAGAUUCACAGCCUUGGAAACCCUAUGGGACAGUUCUUUUCUGUCCUGUAGGGUCGCUAUGAGUCGGAAUUGACUCGUAAGCAAUGUUUUUUAUUUUUUAUGAAAAUCAAUGUUGGGAUUUUUGUUAUCCUUUUUUAUUCUGGAAUUAUGACGUAGUAGACUUUUCUUAGAUUAUCCACAAAACGUUUCACGGUUUUAUAUGUGAACACAGCAAUCCCAUUGAGGUCUAUAAUUGUUCCUUACUCCGUUUGUUUUUUUUUUUCAGUUUUUUCAGCCUUUCUCAGACUUGUCUCCCUAUUCCUUAGAGCAGUAUUUCCAGAAUAUAUUUUGCGAAAAGUUUCAUAAACUAAAUUUUCCCCCAUCUCUUCUUCUGUCUUUAUUCCUUGUGCAUGGUUUUUAGAUAAUUAUCAAGUCUUAUGAGCUAUGUCAUAAUCCCUCAGGCAUAGUCUAUAAUAGCUACAGAGCAGUUGCUUCUUCCUGAAAAAUCACUUUGAAUCCAGUGACAUUCCAUUGGGAUGCAUCAUUUUAAUGACCUCUAAAAAGCAGAUUAAAAUAUCUUCACCUGCAGUGGUAUACCAUUUUCACCACCUCUGCCAUAAUAAAUUCAGCUGGGCAGAUCUAACUUGUAGGCAGAACCCUGGGGAGGAAGCUAGAAAGCAACAUGAUAAGACUUUUUUGUUGGUUAAAUCUGUAAUACAGGCUGAGUAAUAUCUCCUUUCUGCUUAUAAUUUUAUUGAUAAGCGUUAUAAAAUGUUAAUUAUUUUAAAAUAAGUUAUUUUUCAUCUCUGAAAGUACCGUGUUAAGAUGUGCAUAAGCAGAAGAUCGGCUUUUUUUGAAUAUUUUAAUUUUUUAAAAAAAUUUUAUAAGAGACUCAAGCCUUUCAUGAUAAUGUAGACCAGUAGCUGUAAUUUUUUUCCCCUUACUUUGGGGGAUUUUUUCUUUCUCUAUAGUACAUAUUUUUGAUCCCUUUAUUUUUUUCUAUCCUGUUUUAUCACUUAUCUCCUUCACCUACAGAUCCAAGCUGUACUUGUAUCUUACUCUUCUUCAGAAUAUUUAUUCUGCUGUUAAUGAAGAGGAUGUGUUCCAGGGACAUACUUUGUUGUCAGAAAUUCCAUUACCAGAGGUAGAAAUAACAUAAGUGAUGUUGCAAUGUGUUCCAGGACAUCAGAAAAAGGAAAAACGGAAAGAUACCAUGAAGUAUUAAACACAAUUACAUAUACUGGAAAGAUGGAAUACACAUCUGGAAAAUUAAAGGAAGUCUUUUGGGGGAGAGAUACAGUUUAUAUUAAAGUUUUAGAAUGCCAUAGGGGAGGAAACCACCUUUAGAAAAUUGUGUUAAGAUAGAUGGGUCUGGAACCUAAAACAAGCUGGCCAAUGGCGGUGCCAAGAGAAGGUUUCUCGUAGCUAAGGCCAGGUUAGCUACCUCCUUGUCUUCCCCAGGAAAGUAAAGACCGGUUUUGGGAAGUCAUCUCUUUUGUCCCUUGUGUACAUCUGUCCUCAGUCAUACUAGAUGAUGUUAAAUAUGGUUUACCUUCUUUGCCAGUAUUUUGUAUAAUGUGAUUUCUGGAUCAUUUCUCUUUUUCUCAUUAUCUCCCAUUUGACUGUACCUGAAACCCCUGUGCCUAAAGUUAUGAAAUUAAACUAAUAAAAUGUAAAUGUUUAAUUGAGAUAACUGAUUGAAAAAUAGUGACUGAAACCUAUGCACAAGUAUAUAAACGUAUACUCAAAUAACUUACUUUUUACCGUGAUGAUAAAGGAGAGGAGACUAGCAACAGGAAGGUACUGUGUCCCUAAAUAGAGGGAACAGUCACUCUUCUCGGGAAAACAGUACAAAAAUGGGAGGCUAGAGACUUAAAAUAGAAAGCUUACUAAAUGUAGGAUUUUGCAAGUUGCUAGCCUUAUUAUCUAUCAGAUAUGAGUAGAUACAGAGAAGGUGUGUGGGGAGAUGAUUUGUAUUCUGGGCAACCACUUGAAUGCUGGUUAGGGAGGAAAGAUCAUACUAACUUUACUUAACCUCAUUUCUGAAUUUUUCUGUUUUGUUUUUAACAUCAAUGACUUCAUUUUAAAGGAGCUUCAUUUCCAGAGGAUUCAUUAAUCAAGGUAAAAUACUAAAUUUUUUCAAGAGCUGGAGGUGAAUCUAAUGUUAAAUAAUGGCAACAGGUGAUUUAAAAAGAAGCUUACGGAACCUGGAACAAGUACUUCGCUCGCUAAACUAUCCUCAAGAGGUGGAUUGUGUAGGUUUGAUAAAGGGAGACACAGCAGCAUCUUUGCCAAUCAUCAGCUAUUCUCUGACUUCAUAUUCACCGUAUAUAGCAGAACUUCUGAUGAAAUCCAAUGUAGAGCUCAUAGCAAAGAAUGACUUGCGCUUUAUAGAUACUCUCUAUAAGCUUCUUCGUGAUCAAUUUAAUUAUAAGCCAGUUUUGACAAAAAAGCAGUUUCUCCAAUGUGGGUUUGCAGAAUGGAAAAUACAAAUUAUCUGUGAUAUUUUGAAUUUUGUGAUGAAAAAGCACAAGGAGUUGAGUGGUUUUGAGAAGACUCCAUCACAACAAAGAAAGAAAAUCAGUUUUGGUAAGUCAGAGCCUUUGGGUAGUGAGAAAACGUCUACAGAACCUGUCAGCAUUGACGUCACUGGAAGGUUUAUGACUUCAGGAAAGAAAAAAGCUGUGGUGAUUCGUCACCUGUAUGAUGAGGAUAGUGCCAACGUUCCUGAAGACACAUUAAGUACAGGAACAGAUGUUCAUGAAGGCUUUGAUGUGUCUGACAUAAAGCCUGCUGAAAUAAAGACACCUGAAAUCAAGGUCCCUGAAAUCAAGUCUGAGCAACAGGGUAUGAAAUUUGAUCCUGAGAUUACUGUACUACAGACUAUGCUUGCUGAAUGUCAAGAAAAGCUUAAGAAGCUUAGUUGGCUAGAGAGUAGGGUAGAAUGUUUAGAAGAAAAAAUGAAAGGAAAAGUGAUGGUAAAUGAAAAGACCUGGACUAAUCUUCUAAGUCGUGUCACUCUUCUUGAAACAGAAAUGCUUUUGUUGAAAAAGAAUGAUGAAUAUAUAGAGUUGAAUGAAAUGAGAGAGGACUCUGCUUCUAGUAGGCACAUGGAUCAUCUGAGUUCUGAUAGAACAAGCAAAGAGGAGAGGCCAGCAAGUCUUCCUCUGUCCUCUGGGUAUAGCACAUCAUCAUCGGAGUCAGCUCCCAGAACCUUGACUAUCAAUUACUGUGGUUUGAGAGAUGAUUCAGAGGGUCCAUCUUUGAUGAUGGUUGACUUCGAGAAAUUGCCUAAAUUUGUUGCUUUUUAAAUUAAAGGAAACAACAAUCCAGAAAAUGGAAAGGAUGAAAAAAAUGUUUGAAGAAACUGCAGAGUUACUGAAAUGUCCAGCUCACUAACUGGAGACUUUUCUGCGGGAACUUCUCUAGGACGUUGGCUAUUGUACAUGUUCCAUAUUUUAAGAAUUCUCCUUACGAUUUUAAUAUACUGCAAUAUUUUUAUUAAGAAUUUGAAUUCCAUCUGGUAUAUGAGGUUUUUCAUUCAAUAAUGAAUAAAUAAUUUUUUUGAGCUAUGACUAUACCGCUUUACUGUAUUUUACUUUUCUUAGGAAAAACUUCUGUUCCAGUACAUUUCUUUUACAGAGUGAAGUCAUUACAGCACUGUAUUUUUGUGUUGACAUUUGUUGGCAGUGUGCUAAGUAAUAUGUUUUUUAAAGUCCAGACUUGAGGACUGUGGUUUACAUCCUGUUGGAAAUACUCCAACUGGGACUUGCAUAUUGUACCCAGGAGGCUCUCAUACAUACCAUCUUGCCAUCUGUACUUUUGAAUACAUUGUAAUGAAAAGUUAAAUAUGCUCAUUGAAAAUUAAAUAAAACAAAAACAGUUAUUUCAUGCUUUGUAAAAGAGAGCAACACGUUUUCAGUUAACACUAAGAAAGUAAGGAUGUGAUUCUCCUUUUGUGUUUGGAAGUGAAGUAGGUCUGAAGGUUCAGUGUGAGAAAUGUGUUGAGUAUUUUAGUGCUCUAUUCUGUAACACAUUUUAAGACCAGCAGCACAGACACAGAUGGUGGCCGUCCAGUAUUACUAGAUACACAGGGAGAUUUUUUUUAAUGAUGGGAAGUUAUAAAUUUUGGUGGGGGAGAAAAGAGAUGUUUAUGAAAGUCUUAGAUGAAUUUAAAUCAAGAGAAAAAAGAAAACAUUUUUUAAAAAAUUACUAGAUUAUCUUUUUAACUUUAUAAAUUAAAAAAAGAUAUUAAUAAUGUUGGGUAAUUGUCAAGAAAAAUUAUUCCACUAUUUGGAAGGAAAAAGGAGAGGUUCUUAAAAUUCUAAUACAGAUAAUCUGAUUACAUUUUUUUUAUUCAUCUGUUUGUAUUAUAUGUAUAAUUUUAUACAUACAUAUGUAUAAUUGGAUAAGUGUUAAAUAUAAAUCAUUAAGUUACGAUUCUAAGUAGGAAUAUUUUUUAAGAGUCAAAGCGUUUCUGGUAUUCUAAUACAUGUUUUGUCAUUAGACUCUCAAAUUCUGAACUUUUGAAAAGUUAGCAUACAGAAGUAUACAACCUUGAGUUUAGUGGAAUUUCAAUAAAUAUUUCUAGCAUGAAUGAAUCUUGUUACUUUACCUUUUCAUUUGCAAAAGAGGUACAUUUAUAUAAAUCAGGAGAUUAGUUACAAGAGAAAAAACGACAUCAAUUAACUUCUGAAAUAUCAGUACCAGCAUGGAAUUAUAGCACCACCUUGUGGUUUGGAUGCCAAUAUUUUUAUUAAAACAAAUGCUUUCCCAUAGACCAUAGGAACAUACUUUUUCUUUUGAGAAAUUCAAUUCUAAUUUUAAAAAGAAAAUUUUUUGAAGUUUUGUAGUGGGAGAAAGAAGAAAAAGUAAGUCUGUCUCUUUGUCUCUACUCUUCCUGUCCUUUUUUUCCCUUUAUAUCGUGUACAUGUACACACACUAAAAGAAUUUUGAAAAUUCUAGUUUAUUUUUAGUGUGCAAAAUGUAGAUAUUUGUUGCAAAUAUAGUAAAAUAUAUCUUGUAUGUUUUCAGGAAAUUUGAAGUCCACAUUUUCUUAUACUUCUCUAAAACAAUCUUUUAUCUAACAACCAGGAACUAAUAAAAACAACUCAUUAUAACUUUUACACUUACGAAGAUUCUCGCUAUUUUGACAACAUAAGCCUUGGGAAAAAGAAAGUGAAUUUGGUUUUGUUGAGGUUACUGAAGGAUAGCCAAAUUACUUAUUAUUCUAACUCUUGGUAAAUAGUAGAAAAAGUUGUUUUAUCUCAGACAAUAUGGUAAAUGAUUUAUAACCAUAAACUAGUCCUUUUUGAUUAACUUGAAGGUCUUGAGAAUGUGAAGCAGAGGUGUCAUGGAUAGAUUACCUGGAAUUACAUAAUUAACCCUUAGUUAACUGCAAUUUUCACUAGCUACAUCCCGUUAAUUAUAAACUGGAUGAAAAAGUAGUUACCAUACGACUAAACAAAGGCAUCAGCAGCUUGUGCUGCCCUAUCUGUACUAUACUCUGAAUAAAUCUUGAUAGAACUCAUAGAGGAACACCAUGGAAAAAAGCUUAAAAUACUAAUCCGAAAAGACUAAAAAGUAGUAGUGUCAGCUAUAUAAAAAUUCUAGGCAAAGCUAAGGACUAUUAAGUUGAAAAAAAUUCUAUUAUGUUUUUUGAUUUACUCUAUCAUUUUUAAUGAAAUGUUUUAACAUGGAAAAUAUUCCCUAAAAAAUAAAACUUAAAGACUUUGGAACUGUUUAAUGCCAUUUAUUGCUUACAGCUUUAUAUCGUUGACAGGCACUUGGGGAAGCAUUAAAAAGUAAAAGAACCUUGUCAAUUUUACAAACUGCAACACUUUUUAGCUCAAAUAACAUUAUAGCUUUAAUUUUGCUUUUUUACAAUCCCCAGGUUUGUUUCUCUCCUUUCUUUGAAGCUAAAGAGGUGGAGGCGGUAUGAAACUUUAAAGCUAAACUACAAAAUUAAAACUUUAAUUGUUGAGUCACUGAGCUUUAGUGAUGUUUCUAGAGAAAAUGGCAAGUUUCUUACAUUACUUGAAGAGUGAAGAAAGCUGGAAAACAACACCGACAGCAGAACAACACUGAAAACGUGCAAUUUGUUUUAGAAAAGUCUUAAAAAUCUGUAUUAUCAUUUAUGUUUAUUUUUAAUACUUGUAGCAGGAAUAGGUGUAUAUGUAUAUAGUGUGUGUGUUUAUGUUUUUUCUCAGAAGUUCGCUAAGUCACUAAUAAAAACUUUUAACUUGUUUUUUUAAAUGUAAAAUAUUCAACUCAACGUUAAAAUUAAGAGGACUUAAUGAUCCCAAAAUGCAUAAAUUAUUUGAAGUUUAUAUUAUUGAUGGGUAUUAAAAAGAAAGGAGGAGGAGAGAAUCACAGUAUUAAUAAUCCAGGGAAGUUGAACCGUCUAGAAAUUAGAGUGA